AUGAUAUCUAGGCUCUCGUUUCAUUCUUUCUUCCCGUUAUCUCACGGGGACUCGUAUCUCUGGGCGCGCACGUGUUUGUGUGCCCACGUGGCAAGGCUGACUCUCGAGUCUGACCCAAACCCACACAAUCCACCCUCCUUCCCCUCCCGCUCCCCCUCCCAUCCCCCUGUCCUCUCCCUCCCCCCCCUCCCAUCCCCCUGUCCUCUCCCUCCCCCCCCUCCCAUCCCCCUGUCCUCUCCCUCCCCCCCCUCCCAUCCCCCUGUCCUCUCCCUCCCCCCCCUCCCAUCCCCCUGUCCUCUCCCUCCCCCCCCUCCCAUCCCCCUGUCCUCUCCCUCCCCCCCCUCCCAUCCCCCUGUCCUCUCCCUCCCCCCCCUCCCAUCCCCCCUGUCCUCUCCCCCCCCCCCCCCCUCCUUCCGCGUGCCUCCCCUCUUCAUCAGUCGUGCUAUUGCAAACGAGCUAGCAUCUCUGGGCGCGCACGUGUUUGUAUGCUCACGUGGCGAGGCUGACGUGGCAGCUACAGUGGCGGAGCUACAGUCGCAGGGGUGGGCGGCGACGGGGUGGGCGUGCGAUGUCAAGGAGCCGGAGCAGCGGGAGGUGCUUAUAACGAAGGUGUCAGAGGCUUUUGGCGGGAAACUGAACCACCUGAUCAACAACGUGGGCACCAACAUUCGCAAGCCGACAACCGAGUACUCUCUAGCCGACUUCCACCACGUGUGGGGCACCAAUUUUGAGUCCGCCUACCACCUCUGCCAACUCGCCCACCCUCUGCUGAAAGCUGCGGCUGCCGCUGCUGAUGGUGGAGUGAAGGGCAAUGCGAGCAUUGUGUUCAACUCAUCUGUAGCCGGGGUCGUUGCUAUUCGGUCAGGCACUCUUUAUGGCGCCACUAAGGCCGCCAUGAAUCAGCUGACCAAGAACCUGGCGUGCGAGUGGGCCAAAGAUGGCAUCCGAGUGAAUGCAGUGGCGCCGUGGUACAUGGCAACAGACCUCGCCAACCAGGUGCUCAAGGAUGAGGCGUUUUCUGCUGACGUCAUCAGUCGGACGCCCUUGAGGAGAGUGGGGGAGCCCCAGGAGGCAGCAGCAGCUGUGGCGUUCAUGUGCAUGCCUGCUGCUUCCUAUGUGUCGGGGCAGGUGUUGGCUGUCGACGGUGCUUUCACUGUGAAUGGGUUUUAUCCCCGGACUGAUGAUGCAUAA